GGGCAUCUUAAACUCGUCGAAGCUUCCAUGUCCAGUCGCAACGUGAAUUUGUGCUCGACACGCCAGGUUCAGACACUUCCAAUCAUCAUUUUACACCAAGAAAAUGUCUGAACAGACAGCUCCACAACAGAUCCCGGGCACGGAAAACCCAAAUUCCCACCCGGAAACAGUCAAUGGCAUCCCCGCCCAAAACGCGACCGACAUCUCCAUGACAGACGCCCCUGCCCCGGCAGCACAACCCCCCCAGCAGCAGACCACGCCCCCAGCCGCACCCUCCCCCCUCUCAACAACAACAGCAACAACAACAGCGCGGAUCCCAACCCCCGUCCCCACGCCAGGACAGCCACCACAACAACAACCGCCUCAAGCACAAAACCAACACCAGCCCACAUCGCGCGCCGCCUCGCAACAUCCGACAGACGCCAGCGGCGCGACACCAGCAGGCUUCGCAAUGCCGGCCGAAGCGGCGGCGCACGGCGCGCCGGUGCGCCAGUACCUCAACAGCCAUGUCACGGGGGUGUUGUUGGAGGGGAUGAAGAUCGUGGCGCGGGAUCAGCCAAAGGAUCCGCUGCGCGUGCUGGGAGAGUUUCUGCUGCAGAGGAGCAAGGAGUUGGAGGGCAAGGAUGGGAGUUCGUAGGGCGGACAGGACCAACCGGGGCUACCUGGGGUGAAGGACCAGAUCGAGGUGAAGGGCCAGCCUGAGGUGGAGGACCGACAGUCUCUGGUACAGAGGAGCAAGGAGGCGGAGGUGAAGGAGGAAAGCUCGUGAGGCCGACAAUACCACCAGGGCUACCUGAGGCGAAAGGACCGGUCGUCCGGUGUAGGAUGGGACGGGGAAAGAAGACACGCGCCGCUUAAGUGGCACUGGCGACGGACGGGGCGGUGAUUUGCGAAAAAAAGAGUCGGGAGUGGUUCGGCAAGGAGUUCAAAUGGAUAUCGGACGUUGCUGGGGCUCGAAUAUCACUUUACGCAAAUCAUACCAC